AUGGACUUUGCUGUAAGUUUUUCUUCGCUGCUACUGUUUUCUGCCAUGUUCAUUUGGCGACCUAUGCAGUGUGAUGAUAUGGAAGAAUAUUCGAGACCUGAGAAUAAAAUUCUAAUGAAAGCAGGUUUGGUUGGUAUGAAAGGACAGGUCAAAGUUGAGCUGUUCCAAAACAUCACCCGAAUUCUGCUGGAAGACGAAGAAAUGAAGAAACACUUCCCGACGUGCACCAUAGAAUAUAUUCCGGUUGAAUUUGACCUCUCCGAACCAAGUCUAUUUAGAAAGAGCAUGAUUCACGCCCAGGAAACUUUUCAAGAUGGUGAUGUCUCCGUGGCGAUUGGACCUUACAUCGACCAUUUUACUUCACCGAAUUAUAUCAUCACCAGCCAGAGUCACUACUUGACCACCUCUUUGGCCACUGUCCGUAAGUCGGCAGACAAAACACGAAUCAGAGUUCUCUGGCCUGAUCCAUCGGGAUUUACAUGGGCUGUUGCUCAACUCAUGGACAAACUUCAUUGGAGUAAAGUCGUCUUUUUAUCUGACAAUGAUUUUUCUCCUAUUUUGAAACUUCGGGAAACAAAAAUCAAAGUAAAUCCUAUAUUUCUGCCAUCUUUGCAUCAUCUUGCCAAAAACGAACGUACCCUUCAUGAGACGCUAAGAACCCUACGAAGUUCGGAAUGGCCAAAUUUUGUUCUACAUUCUCGCAAUUUGGGAGUCGUCAAGAAAGUUCUGGAAGUGGCAAAAGAUAUGCAUCUGUUGUAUGGAGAGCUCAAGUGGCUUGUAACAUACCUGAAUUUUGAUGAGCUGGAAGAUACCAUCUCUGACAAAUCUUUGACAAAUAUUUACGGGCUGCAAAUUUUAAACGAAACCAGAAUUCCUAAAGAAAUCAAAAGUCUGUUGAAUGACCCUUGCCAUAACACAACGAUGAUUGAGUUAGGGAUGUUAACCGACUUGGUUAGCAUUCUUCUUCGUAUGAACAUCGACAAUGGACAAACUUGUGAAUCAACACACCUACCUAAUGUUACUUUCUUCCAGUCUAUGUCUUUUAAUAUCUAUCUAUCUAUCUAUCUAUCUAUCUAUCUAUCUCAAUCUUUUAAUAUCUAUCUAUCUAUCUAUCUAUCUAUCUAUCUAUCUAUCUAUCAAUCUUUUAAUAUCUAUCUAUCUAUCUAUCUAUCUAUCUAUCUAUCUAUCUAUCUAUCUAUCUAUCUCAAUCUUUUAAUAUCUAUCUAUCUAUCUAUCUAUCUAUCUAUCUAUCUAUCUAUCUAUCUAUCUAUCAUCAAUCCUUUUAAUAUCUAUCUAUCUAUCUAUCUAUCUAUCUAUCUAUCUAUCUAUCUAUCUAUCUCAGUCUUUUCCAUAUCUAUCUAUCUAUCUAUCUAUCUAUCUAUCUAUCUAUCUAUCUAUCUAUUUAUCUAUCUAUCUAUCUAUCUAUCUCACAUCACAAUAAAAACCCCCAAAAGAGUGGUGGGAAGCAUCUAUAUUGGAGAAAAAGACACCGUGGUAAAUUUAGAUAUACCAAAUUGGGAUUCGAAAUCACCUUUUGGCCAGAAUGAAACGCUACGCAUCGUAACGGAAGUGAAUCCCCCCUUCAUCGAGAAAAAAGAAAAUGGAAAUCUUACAGGCUUUAGCUAUGAAUUAUUGGACCGUAUCUCCAAGCUGCUUAAUUUUACAUACAAAAUUGACACAGUGGAAAGAGGAAUAGAGUCAGGGACAAGGUCACCUUUGAUUUCUCAUUUGACCGAAGGGAAUGCUUCUAUGGCGAUAGGUGCCGUCCCGAUGUCUUCCGAAAACGAACGCAUCAUCUCCUCUUCAUACACCAAUCUAGCCGCUUACCUAACAUGGCAGAACAAAGACAGAAGUAUAAAGACGCUACAGAAUCUUGUUGACCAACCAAAGGUCCGAUACGGAAUACUCGAAGGAACUGAACUGGAAGAGUUUUUUAAAACCGUCAAAAAGGAUCCAUAUGAAAGAAUGUGGCUGAUGAUGACAAUGAACACCAGAGGCGUAAGUAAUCCUUUUGAAUUUGCAAUUUUGUCUCAUAAAAAAUUGUGA